UGUAUUUCACGUGAACACUUUUCGAUCAUGUGAUCUCGCAUGUGACACUAUUGUCACACUUCAAAAUGGUAGAAAUGCUGAAAGAAGUACAGUUUGCAGUCUGCAUAGUUUUAUGCUUUGGUGUAUCCUUCAGCACCAAAGCUACAGCACCCAAUUGGAAUGCAUUAACUUACACUGUAGAAGGAACACUACAACUGCCAUAUGCUGAGAUCACAGAACCAUUCUCAGCUUAUUAUGAUGCCAAAAAUAACAAGAGCAGAAUAGAUUAUUAUGGAGGUAUGGUUAUCACUAUACAGAGGUCAGAUAUGACAAAAUUUGGUGUAAGUUACAAACUGGCUCCCAUGUCAACAGAGAAACAGUUGAAUAUGGAUAUGUGUUUCCAAGUCAAUGGUACAAACAACGAUGAUGCUGUUACAAUCCAGUCCAUUCUACCAGAUCUCACAGGAUUUGAUAUGAUUGGUGUGGAGAUGAAGAGCGGUAAUAAUUGUACAAAAUGGCAGAAAGUUGAUGUCCAGGGAAAAAAGAAAAAUGUUUACACGAUGUGGGUAGGACCAGAUGGUAAAAUGCCAGUCCGUUAUGAGAUGUAUGGAUAUGACUCACUGCUUGGAUCGCAUUAUGACAAAUAUUAUCUUGAUUAUAUCAAUUUUGGUACAAGUGACAUAGAUUCAAAGAAAUUUAAUCCACCAACAAACAUGACAUGUGGAGGAUUCCCUGGUCCAGGAAUAAAAGAACAUAGAAUCAUGAUGAACCCAAUGAGAGAAUAUAUAAACAAUGACCAAACUCAUAUUGACCAAAUGUUUGGCUUCUAUAAAAAUCAACACAGUAAACAAUACCCCUCAGUAGAGGAGCAUGAGCAGAGGAAACAUAUAUUCAGACAUAAUGUUAGAUAUAUCCACUCUAAGAACCGAGCUGGUUUAACCUACAGACUGGCUGUCAAUCACCUGGCAGAUAAAUCCUCAGAAGAACUAAAAUUAAUGAGAGGAUUUAGAUAUACACCUGGUAACCAUGGUGGUCUUCCAUUUGAAAGAUCUAAAUAUAACUUGAAAGAUGUUCCUGCUAAUCUGGAUUGGAGAUUAUAUGGUGCUGUUAAUCCUGUCAAAGAUCAGGCAGUGUGUGGAUCCUGUUGGAGUUUUGGAACCACAGGAACAAUAGAGGGAGCUUAUUUCCUUAAGACAGGAAAUUUGGUGAGGUUAUCCCAGCAAGAAUUAAUGGAUUGUUCCUGGGGAGAAGGUAACAAUGCCUGUGAUGGAGGAGAAGAUUUCAGAGCUUACCAGUAUAUCAUGAAAAAUGGGGGUUUAACAACUGAGGAACAAUAUGGUGGUUAUUUAGGUCAGGAUGGUCAAUGUAGAAAAGACAAAGUUACUCCAAUUGCUAAACUGAAGAACUAUGUGAACAUAACACAGUAUGACCAACAAGCAUUGACAUUUGCUAUUGCCCACAUGGGACCAGUUUCUGUGGGUAUUGAUGCAUCACAUUUGUCAUUGUCAUUCUAUGCUAAUGGUGUUUACUAUGAACCAAAGUGUGGAAAUAAACCAGAUGAUUUGGAUCAUGCCGUUUUAGCUGUAGGAUAUGGCACAAUGAAUGGUCAAGCUUACUGGUUAAUUAAGAAUUCUUGGUCAACAUACUGGGGAAUGGAUGGCUAUGUUCUUAUGGCUCAAAAAGACAAUAAUUGUGGAGUUGCCACUGAUGCUACUUAUGUUAUCAUUGAAUAAACAUGCAGUUGAAUAAAAUGUAUUAAAUAGAAUCUGUGUUUCUGGCUAAAAUAUAAUGAAUCAAAUUGAAUUGUACAGUAAAACUGCAAUAUCUUUUCCUAUAUUUAAUACAUCCUUCUAAAGGGUGUUUCUUUUCUGAAAUAUCAUUUUUGGAACAGAGAUUAAAAAAGAAUUUAAUAAUGAGGAUAGUUCAGAUUUGACCAGAAACACAGACCAGAUGAGCACUUCUUUAAAUCAAAGUUAACUGUGAUAAAUAUUACUCUUAUAGUGCUGAAUUGUACAAGAAAAUAGAAUUAUUUUGUAUUGUUGUUAGACAUUUUUUUGUAUAUUAUAAGAUUAUUAAAUGACAUACUCAUAACCUGCAAUUAACAUGAUUUUUGUUUUUGCUUUGUUUUUUUUUUGUUUGUGUUUUUUUUUUUCUCAUUUUAAUUUAAAAAAAUAGGUGUAUAAAGGGUAAAGUGUAAAAAAGGAUGAGCAGUAAACUAAUGUCUAAAAGUUGGUCUUUUGGUGCAAUUGAAAAAACAAAUUAUUUUAUACAGGUUGAUUUGUUACUUUUUCAUUUUUUUCAAUAAAAAUGAAUAUCUUGCCAUA